GGUUGCAACAAUGUAUCGAAGGAGCCGAAACCGAAGAAGAGAUUGUGCGCGAAAACAAGGCUUAACGAUAUAAUCAGAAAACCACACACACAUUUUAAAAACCAGCUUUUGGUCAUAUUGUUUAGAAAUUUGUAUCAAUAUUUUUUAUCCUCUAAAGCUUCCAAAUUUUGUGGCCGUUAUGAUUUAUAGGCUGAUGUCGUAGCGGUGUGUGUUUAAGGGCCUCCACGAGGUCAGACCUGCUAGCUUCUUAUUGUCACGUUUUGGGAACUGAAGUCCAGAAUGUCCAGCUUUAACUUCGGCACAAGCACUCUCGGGUCCUCCAACACCGGCGGGGGGUUCUCUUUUGGAGCUGCGACAAGCACACCUGCUGCAGGCACAGGUGGAUUCACGCUUGGAGGUUUUGGUACAGCUGCUUCCACACCGGCCACCACUAGUACCACCUCAUCAAUAGGCUUUGGGUCCAGCUUAUUUGCACAGAAACCUACAACUGGAUUAAGCUUUAACACACCUGCCUCAGGUGCUGCUGCUGCAUCAUCUACUGGCCUUACAUUAGGGAGUCUUACAACCUCUAUGGCUUCCAAUGUUUCAACUGGGUUCAGCCUGGGCUUUGGAAAGCCAUCUGCCUCAGCUGCACCUUUUUCACUGACGACCACAACGGCUGCACCAGCAGGCACAGGCCUGACCCUAGGAUCAGUCCUCACCUCCACAGCUCCUCAGACCAGCUCCACUGGCUUCUCCCUCAACUUGGGAGGAGCAGCCACCACUUCCUCUGCUCCCGCCUCUGGUUUUUCCUUUGGUUCUGGUCUCUUCUCCAACACCGCCUCAACAGGUUUGGGACAGUCCAUUUUAGGUGGAGGUUUGAAUCUAGGCAGUUUGGUCUCUACCUCUGUUGCUACCACCUCUGCCCCGGCACCCAGUCUCGGCCUGGGUGGAGUCGACUUCAGUACUUCCUCUGAAAAGAGUAAUGACAAAUUAUCCAGCACCAGACCUGAGGAUAGUAAAGCUCUCAAAGAUGAAAACUUACCAGGUCCAAUAUGUCAAGAUGUGGACUACUUUCAGAAGUUUGUCAAGGAACAGAAGCAAGUGCAAGAGGAGAUCAGCCGGAUGUCCUCUAAAGCCAUUCUCAAAGUGCAGGAGGACAUCAAAACCCUCAGACAGCUCCUGUCUGUCUCUGCCAGUGGACUGCAGAGAAAUUCACUCUCCAUAGACAAACUGAAGAUGGAAACUUCUCAGGAAUUGAAGAACGCAGAUAUCGCACUCCGAACCCAGAAAACCCCUCCUGGACUCCAACAUGAGAACACAGCACCUUCUGAUUAUUUCCGGGCUCUGGUGGAGCAGUUUGAGGUGCAGUUACAGCAGUACCGCCAGCAGAUCGAAGAACUGGAGAAUCAUCUGACCACCCAGAGCAAUGGCUCCCACAUCACCCCUCAAGAUUUGUCCCUGGCCAUGCAGAAACUCUACCAGACUUUUGUUGCUCUUGCUGCGCAGUUGCAGGGAGUUCAUGAGAAUGUUAAGACCCUAAAACAUCAGUACCUGAGCUACAGACGAGCCUUUCUGGAGGACUCCACUGACGUGUUCGAGUCGAAGCGUGCUGCCAAUAAGAAGUGGCAGAGCUCUCUGCACGUCACCACAGGCCCCGCCCCCUUUGGCAGUGUUCCCAAUGCAGCAGCCGUUGCCAUGGCUGCCACUCUCACACAGCAGCAGCAACCGGCUCCAGGACCACAGGCGCCCCUGGGGGCCAGUUUUGGCACUACAUUUUCAUCGGGUAUUGGCAGUAGCAUGGGCUCAUCCAGCCAUGGAGCGUUUGGUAGCGGCCCUGGGUUUGGGGGCGUGGCAACAGGAGGUUUGUCGUUCGGGUUUUCCUCUAGCAAGCCAUCUGGAGGGAGCCUGAGCGCAGGGUUUGGAACUUCCAACACUUCAGGCUUCAACUUUAGUAACCCAGGCAUCAACGCUUCGGCUGGGCUGACUUUUGGUGUCUCCAACACACAGACUCCUGGUUUUGGGACAGGUGGGCCACUGCUACAGCUCAAAAAGCCCCCAGUGGGCAACAAGAGGGGCAAGAGAUAAAACGGCAUUUUGGAAUGAGGAUAAAAGGAAAUAUCACGAGGUUAAGACAAUGUGUGUCUCAGAUCUGUGUGUGUGAGUGUGUCUGUACAUAUAAAUAUUCUUUUUUUGGCCAUUAAGGGAUAUUUGAGAAUGUUCUGUUUGGUUUUCCCUUUUACCCUUCUGACCGUGCCAUGUUCUCUAUAUUUGUUUACCAUCAACUACAGUGAUAUCUUGGAAGAACAAAAGAUUGUAUUAGCAAAACCCGACCAGUGUCAGAUGAAUUGCAUAAGACCUAAUGCAGUGUAUGUUGUCCUGCACUGAAAACCCGUGAAGGUAUGUCAAUGUAGACGCUCUUGGUAUUGAAGAUAUUCAUGAACUGAGUUUACCUGUGUGUUUGUAGCUUUAUUUUCAUUCACAUGCUUUGUGAUUGUAAAUGUUUCAUAUAAGUAAAUUCCACCAAACAGAUGUCAACCUGUAUGAAAACAACUUAAGUUUGUAUAACCCAUUCGUUUGUCUUUUUGUUUUCAUUACCAAAUAGUGAAAUGUUUUUCUAUACUCAAGCAAAAAAAUGUGCAAACAAGUAUUUUUUGACAUAAGAGGCAUUUAUUAUUAAAAGAAAGCGACCAUGA